AUGGAAAAAGACUCUGGCACCUCCCACAUUGAGUCCACGCGGGACCUGGCCACGUCCCUGCCUGAGAAACAUGCUGCCGGCCACGCCGUACAAUCCGAACGUCAGAUGGGCUUUCGCGAGUCCAUCCGCCUAUAUCCCAUGGCAGCCGUCUGGUCAGUGGGCCUGUCAACUGCGGUGAUUAUGGAAGGAUACGCGGUCAUGUUGCUCUCGAGCUUCUACGCACUGCCCCAGUUCAAUCGCAAAUAUGGCCAGCUCCAGCCAGAAGAUGGCACCUACGUGAUCCCUGCGUCCUGGAAAUCGGCCCUCUCCAACGGCGCUGUCGUUGGCGAGAUUCUAGGGCUUUUCCUGACUGGUAUCUUUCAAGACCGAUUCGGCUACCGCAUGACCAUCUUCGCGGCCCUCUGCCUGGUCACGGCAUUUAUAUUCAUUUUAUUUUUCGCGCAUAGCGUCGAGAUGCUUCUUGCCGGAGAGAUACUGUGCGGCAUCCCCUGGGGCGCCUUUCAGACCAUUACCGUCUCAUACGCCUCCGAGGUCUGCCCCGUCGCUCUCCGAGGUUACUUGACCACCUACGUCAACCUCUGCUGGGUCAUGGGACAGUUCAUUGUUUCUGGUGUGCUUCGAGGCCUCCUCGACAGACAAGACCAGUGGGCAUACCGGAUACCCUUCGCCGUGCAAUGGGCCUGGCCCAUCCCCCUCAUGAUCAUGUGCAUACUAGCCCCCGAGUCCCCCUGGUGGCUCGUCCGUCACGACCGACACUCAGAAGCACGCCAAAGCAUCACCCGCCUGAUGAGCCGGUCCCACUCCGCUAACAUGGCAGACGAGACCCUAGCCAUGAUCGAGCACACCGACCGUCUUGAAAAGGAAACCUCGGCAGGCACAUCCUACCGCGAAUGCUUCAGGCGCGCGAAUCUGCAGCGCACCGAAAUCGUCUGCCUAACCUGGCUGAUCCAGGUCAUCUGCGGAUCCCAGCUCAUGGGAUACUCCACCGUGUUCUAUAUUGCCGCUGGUCUGCCCGCUAGCUCUUCGUUCAAUAUGUCUCUGAUCCAGUAUGCGCUGGGUGCGGUUGGCACGAUCCUCUCGUGGUUCCUUAUGACGCGCGUCGGCCGAAGGACUCUGUACCUGUAUGGCACAUUUGCACUUUUCUGGCUUCUGCUCAUCAUCGGGUUUGUGUCGCUGGCUCCGCAAUCCUCGACUAUGAAUUGGGCUAUUGGUGCGCUGCUUUCUGUCUUUACCUUCACGUACGACCUUAUGGUUGGGCCGGUCUGCUACUCGCUUGUCUCGGAGCUCUCGUCGACGCGAUUGCGUGCUAAAUCCGUGGUGCUGGCGAGGAACCUUUACAAUAUUGGGAACAUUGUUGUUAACGUGGUUAUUAAUUAUCAACUCACCGCGACGGCUUGGAACUGGGGUGCUAAAUCUGCGUUCUUCUGGGCAGGGAUCUGCUUUUGCUGUGUCGUUUGGGUAUUCUUUCGGCUGCCGGAGCCCAAGGGGCGGACGUAUGCUGAGUUGGAUGUUCUUUUUGCGAACAAGGUGGCACCAAGAAAGUUUGCUACGACUGAGGUAGAUAUUUUCCGGGGGACCAUCGUUACAGAAUGA